UGUCGAAUUAUAUGGACAUAUACAGACUUCUCUCAAAAUUGAUUUAUUCACCGUUAUGGAGUCGAAAAUCCAAAUUUUUUGUGAUCUUCGAAACCGACAAACCUUGCGUACAUUCAUGGAAAAUUCUCGAAAGACUGUGGCGGUUUACUGUGUUAUCAAGUAUCAUAGCAUGCUCCGGAACCAGUAAUGAAACAAGCCUUUAUACUUAUAAUCCAUUCACAAAGCGAGCACCCGAUCCUUGGGUCAACACUCACAUGUAUUAUUUGGACUUCGAAAAUCGACCAGUGUUUCUUUUCAAUCAAUCUUUUUCAAACGAUCAUAAAAUAUGUGAGACUCUCUUCUUCGAUAAAACUGAAUUUCUUGAUGGCUAUCCCGUCAAUAUUGCCGCAACUUAUAGCAAUACUGAUUUGCUACUUGAUGUCAUAUUUAUUUCUUUAAACAUGACUCCACAAGUAACUUACUUUGGUAAUAAUAUUCACAAAUUAUUUUGGUCAAUAAAGGGUGGAGAAAACGAUAUCGCUACCUCAUACAAAUACAGUAUGGACCCUCGUAGUGUAGACACAGUGCCACUGAAGCGCGAAGCAUAUUUUAUUAUAGUAACACAAAAGGCAAGUUUUUUAUCAACGUCUUAUCAAAUUGCAAAUGUAAUCGAUAUAAAUGGAGCCAUAGCGAUAAUUUUUCUCCUUCUUCUAAUUACCCUCUUGAUUGUAUUGCACAAUGAGUAUCAGAUCGGAUUGGCUGUUCUGGAUGUCCUGAAGUUGCUGAUGAGUAUGGGGAUCGAUGCACCCCUUGACCGUCUAGCCAUGAAAAUCACCUUCUUCACGGGAUUUUUUUUCGUUUUUUUAUUUAGUCCAUUGAUUGAGGGACAAAUAUUUGCCGUAUUAACUCGCCCGCCGACUUAUAACAUUGAGUCCCUUAAAGACUUAUACGAUCAUAAGUAUCACGUAUAUUGUCCAUCGAUAGUUGAGGAUUAUAUUAUAGAAGAGCAAUUAUGGAAUACUGUUGAGGCCGAGAAAUAUUUGCAUUCACAAGAUUCACAUGACUCACUCGGGGAUUGUUUGAAACUAGUCAGCACAAAUAAUACGGUUGCAUGUAUAUUUCCAGAUGAAUCAUUAAUUAACGAUGCUGUCAAAAAAAAUUUGCAUAUAUCAGAACGUUUCAUGCUCAAAGCAUCAGGUUUUUAUCAGACGACUCACGAUUGGGUUCUGGCGGAUCGAUUUUACCAUAAAGGAUUAAACUUUCAAGAAUCCGGGAUCUUUGAUCGACUAAGUAAAGUUCCCCUGAAGAAUUCACUGAAGAAGAUAAAAGCUAAGGAAAGACUUAAGAAAAUCGUUGAUUAUCAAACAAUUGACGCUGUAGAUUUAACGUAUUUAUAUGUAUUUAUGGCAUUUUUCCACUGUUUGGCAGUUAUUGUUUUUGGUAUUGAGUAUAUUAUCGGACGUUAUCGCCGUCCAAGACAAUAACAAAUAAACAUCCAUUAGCUUACGAACAAUGUGUGUUAUUAAUAAGUGCAGUCGCGUGUGACCAGCUUAAUAAAUUCGACCACUUGGAUUGUCUUUCAUUCACAAAAUUUAAGGUCCAUUUAUUUUAGUUAGAUAUUUUAUCAACUGUAGACUUAUACAAUUCGUGAGUGUGAAAUCAAAUAUUUGGCUAUCGGCUUUAUUCUCUAUUUAAUAAUAUUCAUUCAAGUGACUACUUACAUAAUUUUUUAGCAUUUAAAUAUUAUUUAAGGAACUGUAAUAAUUAUGAUUAUAAUCAAAUUUGUAGGUUAUCUAUCAUGUGAUCGUUUGUAAGACGCGAGGAGUGAAGAUUGGUGCCCGAGCCGAACGCUAGGGUACCAACAUGCGAGCGUCUUAGACUCGAUUGUACUAGAUAAAUACAUUAAUUUUUUCACAGAUAUUCAAAAUUUACUACAUCUAGUCUCUAUAAAU